CAUGCGCGCGACCCACGCUGCUCACUCUUUGCACUAAAAGAAUGGUGAGGUGUUUAAACUGAUGUAUUCCCAAAUUAUCAAGUGUGUAAGAAUAUUUCUAUUUCCAUCCGUGAAACCCUCACCAUAUUACAGUCGGACGCCUUUGACGAGAAAACCCACACUUUGCAACUCCGUUUACUCACAAUACAACACGAUGCCUAAAAAAGACAAGACGAGCAAAUGCAGCCCAAAAGUACCGGAGAUUCCUCCCUGCCCGGUUAUGAAACUUAAAGACGGGACCAUAACAAUAGCGAUACAUGCUAAACCCGGGGCCAAACAAAACGCAGUUACUGAUGUGUCUGAGGAGGCGGUGGGGGUCGCCAUUGCUGCGCCGCCAACAGACGGAGAGGCAAACGCUGAACUCCUGCGCUAUUUAUCCAAAGUCCUGCAGCUCAAGAAAAGCGAAGUAUCCUUAGACAAGGGCUCCAAAUCGAGAGAAAAGGUGAUUAGGGUGACUGCAGAUGUGAGCCAGGAGGAAAUCCUAAACAAACUGAGGACAGAGGCUAGUGCUUGAUGCUGAAGUGGGUUGGGAAGUGGGAAAAAUUUUCAUCAAGUCAACCAUAUUAGAUUUUUUUUGUCAAAUAAAAUGUACAUUUAUUUUUAAUGUCUUUGCUGUUCCAAGUUUUUUUUUUUUGUAUUUUGUGGUCUAAACAAUACCAGUACACAUGGACCCUUUUCACAUUUCCAGGUUUCUCAGUAGCAGAAGUCAUCAUAGUUGGGGAAACUCACUACGUGGACUGCUGCUUUGUACAGGAAGUUUGGUCAGAGGAGAAAUGGUCGUGCCCAACUGAGCCUGGUUUCUCUCAAGUUUUUUUCCUUCAGCCUCAUCAAUUGAUGAAGUUUUGUUCCUCGACAAUGUUGCCACUGGCUUGCUUGGUUUUGGGACUGGUGGAGCUGGCAUCGAUGGAUUUGCUCUUCAGUGUUUGGACAUUCAGCAGUGAUAAUUAAACCACACUGAACUGAACUGAACUAAACUGAACUUCAAUUCUGAAAACUGGACUGACACAGUCUCAAUCUACUAGAACUUAAUUUAUGUUAAGCUGCUUUGACACAGUCUACACUGUAAAAGCGCUAUAGAAAUAAAGAUGUACUAAAGUGAAGUUUAUUUAUAAACUAAUUUCGAGAGGAUCACAUGCUUAUGAUUGACCAUGGCUGGUCCCGCAGUAGCUAUCAUAUGAUUUACGAAACCAAACGCACAUAAAUAACCAGAUUUUCUUACCCUGGUCAUCUUCCUCCCCCUCUUUCCUAGAUUAAUCCAGCACAGUAUGGCACUGCGGCUCAGUGGUUAGCACUGUUGCCUCACAGCAAAAAGGUUCUCCCUGUGUUGGCGUCUGUGUUCCCCUGUACUCCAGUUUCCUUCCACAGUCCUAAGCUAUGCAGUAUAAGUGAAUAAUAAGUAUUUUAGUACUGGGAAUUCAUUGCAUAGCCAUAUGCUGCUACAGUUGGUGGUUCAUUCCACCGUGGCAACCCCUAAUAAUCAAGGAAUAGGCUGAGUGAACGAAUUCGUGGGAGCUCUUGAGAUCUACUUAAGCUCAGACUUCCUUCUCUCCCGAUGAAACGGAAGGGAACCCCGGGCUUAAGGAUCUUCUGAACAGCAUGCCAAACAUACUUUAUUAUCAAUUAUCAGCUAAGUGUGAGCUCUUGAAUUAAAUUAAACUUAGAGUGUAGUGAGUAGGAGAGUGCAACAUUUUUUUUUUUUACAAUCCUAUUUUACUGAAAAAAUAAAAAAAAACUUCAUAAUGGUGUUAUCAAGACUUUCAGAAAAAAAAAAUAGUUUGAGACAGAAGAGAGGACGUCAAAUUUACUGUCCGGUCUGCAUUACUCUGCAUUUAAAACGCCUCACACAAGUGGUAAUUCAUGUUUUUGUAAUUUGAUGCAAAGAUGAUAUAAUUCAUACAUAAAUACGUAUAUAUGUUCAUAUGUUGUUUUUUAAAUCAAAAUAUUAAAAACGUUCAAGGAUUUAAGAUUCUGAUGACCGUUAAAUGUGUCUUGUGAAAAGGGUUCAUAUGGUCAAAAGGGGUGUACGGCUUAGGAAAACUCCACUAUUAAUGAAUUGAAUUAAUGAAUUGAAUUGCUUUUUAUCCAAUGUGAGGAAUACUGUGAAUUCAUCAUACAUAAGUAGGGCAGUCCCAAUCUUUUGUUUAUGAUAUUUUAUAGUUAUAUUAUGUAUUUUUAAAUAUGUAUAUUUAGUGUGGAUUAAAAGUGAACCGCUACACUAAACAGGCCUGCUGCACAAAGACAGUUUUGGCUUUUAUCCAGGUUAAGUUUUCAGGCUCAAUAAUGUGGGUUGGUUUUGAGCUGGUUUCUUCACCAUGGUAACUUGCGCUUCAUGGCUAACCUGUUGUGGAGCAAGUUUAAUUCUGAGUUAUACAUCGCAAACCCAAACCUGAUCAAUCAGCUGUGAGCAAAGUGACAUAUUUGAUCCGAAAAGUCACUCCCAGUUACCAUAAGAUCUACUAUCAGAAUUAAACCUCAAAACUAUUCUGAGUCACAAUAGUUUAUUUCAAAAAUGUAUUUGUAUUAAAUUUUUUAAUUUUAUUUAUGGGCUACAUUAUGCUACAUGUCCAA